UGGAAGAUCUGCCUUCUGAGGGUUGGGAGGGCUUUGCACUUUGCAGGAUCUGAGUCCAGCCAUUGUAGGGUCAGAGGCACUAAAGGAUUUGUAUGCUUGUGAUUGAGAUCUAUAUCUUCUUCACCAUUUGGCAUUUAUAGGUCUUCCUCUCCUGACAGGAUCACAACAUAAAUCCGCCAUGCCUCUGGGAACACCUGCCCCCCUAAACAAGCGGAAAAAGCCCUCCAAGAUCAUAACUGACCUAUCGCAUAUCAGUCAGAAUGAGUUUGAAGCAGAGCCAGAGGCAUCAGAGCUGGACCUGGGAAAAAAGAUCAGGACUCCCAGAGACAUAAUGCUGGAGGAGCUGUCGCUGAUGAAGAACCGAGGCUCAAAGAUGUUCAAGAUGAGGCAGCAGAGAGUCGAGAAGUUCAUCUAUGAGAACAACCCUGAUAUCUUCAGCAACGAUUCAAUGGACAACUUCCAGAAGUUUGUUCCCUCUCUGGGUUGUCAGCUGGGAGGUCAAAUAAUAAAUGUUGGUGGGCACUUUGUGAGCAAAGAGUCUGGACAUCCAUAUUUAGGAGCCAUGUCGGCAGGAGGAGGAGCCCCAGUGCCUCCUCCAAAGCCUGGAAGCAAAGGAGCUGGAGCAGGAGGAGCAGGAGGAGCAGGUGGUGCUGGAGGGGCUGGAGGUGCAGGAGGGCUGGGCGGGGAUGACAAAGGGAGGAAAGAAGAUGGAACGAGCGGGUCUUCACUAAAAGGAAGUGGAAAAGAUGGAACUAAAAUGCAGAUCCACAUGAAGACUUACGUGUCUCCAUGGGAGAAGGCCAUGAAGGGCGACGAGAACCUGCUGGCCACUCUAAAGUUUGGAAUGCCUGGCCCCAUUGAAUCAAACGAACUCCGCAAAUUCAAGUGCUUCAACAGGAUGGCCAUGCCCUUUGGCGGCUUUGAAAAGGCCAACCAGCUCAUGAAAUUCCAGCUGCCAGAAACUGAGGUGACCAAACCGGAGCCCGAACCUGCAGUGGUGUACCAACAUGACAUUGGCUGCCGACCCUCCUUCAAUCGUACUCCGAUUGGCUGGGUGUGCAGCAGCGAGCCCAGCAGCAUCCACAUGGAGACAGAUGCCGUGCCCUUUGAUGGAGAGACCGACGAGCUGUGAAAACCCAAUCAUACUGUGAUUACACUCACUGUGCACAUACACACAAACAUGAGCCUGACUGGAUGGAUAAACGUCAGCAUGCACUCAGUAGGCGAGCUUAAAAUUCUGUUGUAAUAAUAUUAACGAGUUUGAAUGUCCGAAUGUGAAUACCUGAAAGUGUACAUGACUUGCAGUCGUGCCUCGCUCUGUAUUGGGUUGUAAGUCAGAUACAAAGCUGCAAAGCUUAUGAUAAAUCACCAAACGCUAUUUUAUCAAGCUUUAGUGACAGCUUUGUCAGAAAAGUUGAGAAGUCAGCGAUUUUCUUUAAGAGGAAAGAAUGAAUUACGUGUGAAGAUGGAGAUUCCCGCUGCUACUUUUGUGCAUGCUCCCUUAAUGAUAAUCGCCACAUGUGUUGUCUCCAUUUUGUCUUUUUUUUUUUCAUGAUUUUGAUUAAUUGUAGAAGUAUAAAAACACCACAGUCAUGUUUAAUUUGGUAUGCAAGCUUUUUUUGAUUCCUGUGCCAACAUAAUUUUGCCACGGUAAACUUGAACUAUUUUUUUGAUGAGUGAUAAAAUAGCUUAAAAGGGUUUAUCAAUGCAUUUAACGAAUCAAAUAAAAGAAAACAUACACAGCAUCUACUCCAAAGUUUGAGAAGUUUGAUAAUUGUAUGCAAAAAUAUUAAAAAUUAUUGCAAAACUAAGUCCAUAUAUGCUAAAUUGACAGAUUUUUUUUAAACAGGCACAGCAACAAAUUAAUAGAAAUAUUUAAACUAGAGCCUGUACACAGGCUGCCUAAAAAUAAAAACUUAAGUAGAAAGACGAUUUGUUUUAUUAUGCUAUAAAUUCCUUGUGUAAAGCUCUGUGUUAGUUUAGUUUGGUUGAUUUUGAUGUGAAGAUUGAACUUCUUAAGGUAAUCAGUCAAAUCUAUAACUCUAAUUAAACUUCAUUAAAAGUACACAAUCUUUUAAAAAUGUAUAUUUUAUGAUUAAACUAAAACAUUGUUACUUUCAGCAUAUGUUGUGUGGCUUUGUGAAACAACUUUGUCCCAGUAAAGUGGAAAACUUGUCUUGGUGCAACAGAUAAGAUGACACUGAAUGCAUCGUCUACAGAGAACGCCUGCGUACACGCUAUGACCUGUGUUGACUUUACCAGAGAUUUCUUUACAAUCGUAGUAGCACAUUGUAAAGAAAUCCCUUAAAUCAACAUGAUCAGCUCUGAUGUGUUCUGAAAUGUUAUGUUGACUUCUGAGAAAUACACCAACCUCCAGUGACCAUGAAAAAUGAAUAAGAAAAUAAAGGAAAAGUGUUGUGAUUUAUUUUUA